GCCACUCACAGCGGAGAAGAAAAUCUCAUAACCUAGACCAAGCAUAUAAAAGACGGUCAGAUAGACAACACAGACCACAGCCAAUGCAAACUGUGAGACGUGCAACUGUUUUUAAUAAGGACAGGCAUAAAACUACUUCAUUCAUAGCCUUUGGGACUCGUUUUAUCAAUUUAAGACCCUGACUGGAUAUUGAUUUGAGACAAAGAAAUCCUCUAAACACUAAUGAGCGUGACUAACUCUUCAGCUUAUCGAUCGGAGUGCAGUUACCACCAGACUUCCUCUUCAUCCACAACAAAUCCAUACAUGGAGAAAAGCCGGGGACUCUUUGCUGAGGACUUUGGAUCUUUCAUGUGUCCAAAAGAGGAUUUGGGAUUUCCAAAUAGAACAGAGACCCCUGGAAACAUCAAGACACUGGGAGACACGUACGAAUUCACGGUGGAUGUCCAAGAUUUCUCGCCUGAGGAUGUGAUCGUCACCACUUCUAACAAUCAGAUUGAAGUUCAUGCUGAAAAGCUUGCUGCUGAUGGCACAGUGAUGAACACAUUUACACAUAAAUGCCAGCUGCCGGAGGAUGUGGACCCCACCUCAGUGAAGUCAUGUUUAGGGGCUGAUGGGACUCUCACUAUAAAAGCUCAGAGAAACCCGGCAAAACUGGAGCAUGCGCAAACAUUUCGCACAGAGAUCAAAAUUUAGAUGAUUCUAGUGUAACUUGUUUUAUUAACUGUACCUACUAUAUACAUAGUCUUGCUUAGUCAUUCCUCCAUGAUCUCCUCUCAUUUCUUUGAUUAUGUACAUUUAAUUUAAUCAUGUUUGAUGUAGACUAUGUGAAACAUUGAAGACAAAUACACUUUUACCGUCAAUUUGCCAGCAACUAAGGAUCCCAGCUCAAGGGAUAAUUCACCCAAAAAUACAAAUUCUGUAAUUAUUUAUCCACCCUCUGGUCAUUUCACCCUCUGGUCAUUUUUGAAAUGAAAAGAGGGGAGGUAAAUGAUGAUAGAAUUUGCAUUUUUGGGUGAAAUAUCACUUUAAAACAAAAAAUGAAUCCCAAUAUUAAUGGAACACAAAAGAUGGAAUUGACAACCUCAGUCGACAUUCACAUUUAUUGUAUGGAAAAUUAUGCAAUAAAAAUGAAUGAUUGAGUCUGUCAGAGCCUAAAAACAUUCUACCCUUGUGUUCCACAGAAGAAAGAAAGCCACAGAGGCUUCGAACAACAUGACUGCACGAGUAAAUGAUGACAGAUUUAUUUAUAUUCUUUGGUCAACUACUCCUCAAUAACCUUUGUAUAAAGGUAGCCUAAAAUUUGCAUUGAUUCUGGAUUAUGAUCAUUGCACUGGGACUACAUGGAUCAUAAUACAAUUUGUAAUUAAUAUAAAUGUUUAAAAUGAAGAAAAAAAUGCAUCAUUGAAGCAUUCUCACUAUGGGGUCUCAGACUUUUGGAAAGUGUGGCAAGUAAGAUGCAGCUUUUUCCUAAAUAAACUAUGCAUUGUACUUAUAAGUAUUGUAAUUUUAAAUAUGCAACUGUUGUGUUAUUUUAAACGCUAAUUUAAAACAGAACUGAAUAAAACCAGCAUAUAUGAUUAA